AUGAUAAAGCAUCUUCUCGAGAACGUGGAAGCAAGGGGGAUGCCACACCACUACAGCACGGAGAUGUGGGGGCGAACACACAAGGGGACAGUGAAGGGUCCCGUGAGGGGGAGCAACUGGGCCGACAUUCCUCGGAGAAUUGUGGAUGAGGAGAUGCAGCGUGAGAUCUACAGAGAAGUGGCGGCAGAUGCGGGAGGAGGUCGGCAGUAUGUAUCAGCGCUGCGUGUGGCCGUGGAAGAGCUAGCGCCUGUGCUGACGAAGAAGUACAGGAUCAUGCGCCUCGGAUGCAGCGGGGACAGUGUGUUUGCAGAGUACGCAGCAGUACACGGGGAUCAGAUGGAGGGCCUACUUGGUCAGCUGAGGCAGAUGCAGAUGGCGUGUGACAGUGUGCAGGUAAUUGAGCGUAUGGUGUUCACCGAGUUCUUUCAGACGGUCGACGGUGUGCAGCUAAGCCGUGAACGGAAGACGGUUGUGUUCACCUACAACACCGCGCACCGCAUUACCGCGAAUGACGCGAAGACGACGGUGGAGCACGGUUUGACGGUGGUGCAUUUCACGCACACGCGCUUUGUCGACCUCACAGACAUUGUGCAGUGGUCCAGCAUGCCGUUUUUGCACGGCGUGGUGGACGCUUUCAAGGCGGAGUAUCGUGUUAUCCUGAUGAGACGAGCGAAUCUCUUCCACGAGGAUUUCGAUGCGCCCUUUUCCGUGGUGAAUUACGCGGUCAUGCUGCUGUGGAUGGGCUUGGCCUGGAAGGCGCUGACGGCGGCUACGAUGCAAAGGAGCUGGUGGAGGGCGGGAUGCGUCCCGGAGUCAUGGUGGCCGCUGAUGUGGCACCUGCACGGCAUGUAUUCGGCAGGCAUGUACGAGCCGCUUGUCUCUACCACGGCGGACCUCCUGGUGCUGCUACGUGAGUUCCGUGUGCGUCCAGCGUUGUAUAUGCCGGCGUCCGACUACGUGACAUGCGAUGAGUGGUUAAUGGAGCAGGCAGGAGUGAAGUUGGUGACGCCCACUACGCCCACGUCUUCAGGGGACGACGGUGAAAUGUGCCUUCCGGAUGGGCCUCUGAUGCGAGACGAACGAAGCCGUCGGCGUGCCAUCCGCAACGUGACGCACGCGUACGUUUGUCACGCUGAGGCGCUGGGGAUUGCCCCAGCGGAAGUGGCGCCUGUUGUUGGCGCCUCUAAUGGAGAGGUGGUGAGCCGCCUAAACCGCACACCGAAGAAGCGUGCGCGCAGUUCUGGGUCGUCCGACAGUGCAUUCGUGUAG